AACAUCAAAUUCGCGCGAUGGAAUACAAUCUGCGGACCGUGACCAAGUCCUACGGAAAGUACAGACAUCUUCGGUUCCCGUUGAAGAUUUGGAUCCUGGUAAAUGCUAGCGGGAACCGUUUUCUCUACUGGGAUUCGACGGAAACCGUCGUCGUGGUGGACCGAGAUGCCACGGAGCAGUAUCUGAAAUCGAGUGGAUCGAUUUUCUGCUGCCACAAGCUGGCGACCUUCUUCUGGCUGAUGGAUUUCAACGGAUUCGAACUGGUGAGUGAGUACGGGGACGACGAAGACGAGGACAAGCAUAUUCUGCUGUACAAGCAUUCGUCGUUCACACGGGAAAAUCGUGCGUACUUCGAACAGUUGCUUCGAAGUCAGAAAGCACGCGAGGUUAUCAACCAGCAGAACGGGAAUUGUUCCGUUCAUCGGGCGAAAAUUCCAAAGAGCGUGAAACAAUGCGAAGCGGAUGGAACCAGCGGCUCCCAGUCCCGCCUCUCGUCCAGCAGCUUUGCCCAGGAAAAGUUCAGUCUACUGAUGGAAAUGAAAUCGUUGGAUGUGUCGAUUCGUGAGGCCUAUGCAAGUUUGCCGAAGGGUGAGGACGACGAUGAAGUGAUUCCGGUCAUUGAGGUACCGGAUACGUACAGUGACAAACCCGCAACCAGUGUUCCGGAAUAUACCGAGCAGCGGAUCAUCGCUGGCAACUAUGGACGAGGCAAUCCGAAUGAUCUGAAGCGAUUUUUCGGGAACUACCUUCCGGUGUACGAAGACUCCCCCGGUAUGACGCUUCAUUCUUCUAAAGGCGUUUCUUUGUUUCUAAAUCAACGUUUUCAUUUUCCAGAGAUGGUCGAUGCUGCACCAUCAGAAGAAAAAGUAGCACAAGCUUCGGAACCGACAGAAGUAGCAACCGACGAACCACUGGAGGAAGUGGUUACGGUUUCACCCGAAACAUCAAAAACGGAACCGGCCAACACGCUGGCCACUUUCGACUAUCAAGAUGACGAUGGGAUGAUGGAUCUGGAGAACUUUAAGCCCACAAUCGGUGACGAUAUGCCGUUUUUGGGUGCUGGUGCAACGGAUGAAGAGGAGCUUGCUCAGGUUAAACACGAUACCAAGUGCAACACCGAACCAACGGAGGAGGCACAGUUUCAGCUGUAUUCGGAUAUUCGGGAGACGUUUGAUUUGCUGAAUGAGUUUUGAAUGGUAU